CCCCGACGGCUCGGGUUCCCACCCGAGAUUAGGUGAACUGAUUGGGGGUGGAGGAGAACGACGGUGCGGACAGCUCGCUCCCCACCGGCUCCCCCGCCUCCGCCGGCACCGCUUCGAGGUGCCUGGUCCCCUAGACCAGGGGCACCGCGCGUUUCCCGGGCGGUGCAUGCACCCCAGACUCGAAUGUCCUAAGGCAGGACUUUGGUGCUCCGAGGGACCGCGCGCGGACGGCGCCUCCCGGGGAUCCUUGGAGCCGAGCGGCGAGCCACCAUGCCGCGCUCCUUCCUCGUCAAGAGCAAGAAGGCUCACAGCUACCACCAGCCGCGCUCGCCGGGGCCCGACUAUGCCCUCCGCCCGGAGACGGCGCCCGCGCCAGGCCGAGCAGACGGCAUGCUGAGCGCCGGCGACGCGAAGGCGGAGGCCCGGGACCGUUCAUCCCCGGAGUCUCAGCUUACCGAGGCCCCCGACGGGGCCUCACCAUCCCCGGACAGCUGCGAUGGCAGCGUGUGCGAGCGCAGCUCCGAGUUCGAGGACCUCUGGAGGCCUCCGUCGCCCUCCGCGUCCCCAGCGUCGGAGAAAUCGGUGUGCCCAUCGCUGGACGACGCCCAGGCCUUCCCCGUGCCCUUCAAGCCCUACUCGUGGAGCGGCCUGGCGGGCUCCGACCUGCGGCACCUGGUGCAGAGCUACCGGCCGUGCGGGGCCCUGGAGCGCGGCGCCGGCCUGGGCCUCUUCUGCGAGCGCGCCCCGGAGCCGGGCCACACGGCCGCGCUGUACGGGCCCGAGCGGGCGGCGGGCGGCGCGGGGCCCGGGGCGCCCGGGAGCGGCGGCGGCGGCCCGGGCCUGGGGCUCUACGGUGACUUCGGGCCCGCCGCGGCCGGGCUGUACGAGCGUCCGGCGGCGGCGGCGGGCCGGCUGUACCCGGAGCGCAGCCACGAGCUCCACGCGGACCAGGGCGCCGGCGUCAAGGUGGAGUCGGAGCUGUUGUGCACCCGCCUGCUGCUGGGCGGCGGCUCCUACAAGUGCCUGAAGUGCAGCAAGGUCUUCUCCACGCCGCACGGGCUCGAGGUGCACGUGCGCCGCUCGCACAGCGGCUCCAGGCCCUUCGCCUGCGAGAUGUGCGGCAAGACCUUCGGCCACGCCGUGAGCCUGGAGCAGCACAAGGCUGUGCACUCGCAGGAGCGCAGCUUUGACUGUAAGAUCUGCGGCAAGAGCUUCAAGCGGUCGUCCACGCUGUCCACACACCUGCUCAUCCACUCGGACACCCGGCCCUAUCCCUGUCAGUACUGUGGCAAGAGAUUCCACCAGAAGUCAGACAUGAAGAAGCACACCUUUAUCCACACAGGCGAGAAGCCCCACAAGUGCCAGGUGUGCGGCAAGGCCUUCAGCCAGAGCUCCAACCUCAUCACGCACAGCCGCAAGCACACCGGCUUCAAGCCCUUCGGCUGCGACCUGUGCGGGAAGGGCUUCCAGCGCAAGGUGGACCUGCGCCGCCACCGGGAGACGCAGCACGGACUCAAAUGAGCCGCCGGGCGCGGCCGCCCGCGGCUCCUCCACACUACCGGGGGUGGGGGCGGCCGGCCCGCUCGGGACCCCCCCAGCCCCUCACCCCGCUUCUCCCCGGCCCCUCCGCCCUCCCCUCCGUCCCCGACCGCCGGGGCCCAGACAGGGGCGCGCGACCCUCCCCACCCCGGGCCUCAGGCUCCCCCACACCCAGAGAGAUGACAGAAGCCCCUCCCGCCGAGGGCCCUGGGGUGCUAGGGGGGCCGGAGGGAAGAUCACCCUCUCUCCCCUCUGGAGAGAGCGUCGACCCUCGUGUGUUGGGUGCUGACUGUCCGUCGUCUCUGCAUCUGGGGACCAGCUCGGAAAUGGAUUUGGGGAAGGAGUUGAAUUCUUGGGGAGAGCACACCAGAUGCUUGCCCCCCACCCCAGACAGAAAGCAGCAGAAAACUCAGCCAGAGGCCUGCAGGGGAGGCAGACCCGCUGGCCGGUGCACCCCAGCCAAUGAGAGCAGGGAGCGUGGGGACCCAGAGGUGAAAGCCGCAGCUCCUUCCUCUCCCCACCCCAAAGCUAAGGGUGGCACCUCCCAAGUGGCUGAGGUCUGUUCUUUCCCUCCAAGGAAUUCUGGGAACAAGAGAAUCUCGAACCCUUUGGUUCUUAUCAAAUCUAAACAACAAGGAGCUGAAGAGUUACUUCAAAGAUUCAUGUACAUAUCCAGUUUUAUGGUGCAGCUGACAUUGUUUUUCAGAUGUCUGAGCUGGUAGGCAUGUGGAAUCCUUUGUCUCCCAACUCCCCCCCCAUUCCCCCCAACACCAUAGAGGGGGAAAAAUGGUAUUUUUACUUUGAUGAGAUUUGUAAAUGUUUUUGGAUCUUUUGCAGUGCAUUAUGUUUGUUAGUACAUAUUUAUUAGAGUAAUGUUUUAAGUUAAUAAAGUAUUAAGACUAUUGUCUCUCA